AUGUACGAUUUCAUUCGCCUGGAAACCAAGCCAACUGCUCGACUAUGCUACAGCUUUAGUCCGGCUACGACAUCGACGACUGAGCAAACUCUCGUCGUCUUUGUCAACGGCCUCGGAUUACCGCAGGCAGGAUGGGCAUCCACGAUUGCCAGGCUCCGAGAGCUCUCCCCCCAGAAGCUUCCCGCCAUUCUUACCUACGAUCGCUUUGGACAAGGUCAAUCUGUCGACCGCGAUCCCGCCGAUGAGGGCGCAGCAGACCCGAGCCAUGCCCAUGAUUGCAUGAGUGUGGUUCGUGAUAUGCGACAGCUCAUCGCCCAGAUCGCAAAAGACAAGAUGAAUGCCGAGGAACCUGAUAAUUUGCGCAUUGUUUUCGUCGGAAACUCUGUCGGAUGUUCCCUCAUUCGUCUCUAUGCUCAAGAAUAUCCGAAUGUUGUUGCUGGCAUCCUCUUUCUCGACAGCACCUUGACCGACACGGAUUUUGUCUCCCUUUUCCCUGAUCCUGACGCCAAGUCUUUUGAUCCAAAUUUGCCUCCUGGCGUGACGGCUGAGAGUCUGCGAGAUGCCAGAGAAAAGAUACGACAGAGGUUUCAUCCCGACGUUGGAAGCCAAGAGGGUUUGAGUCGACGAAACCUGUUUCAACUUUUGCCGCGCGCCGACUCGCCCCCUCUCUACAAAGCUAGAGAAGCUGCUCCCUACAUCCAAGUGCUAGGCCACGACUUUGAGUUUUUCGCGGAGCGCGCAGAGAUGGACCUGGGGAUUCCUGUCGCUGUUAUUCAGAUUUAUAUGAACACAUACUGGCAUCGUUACAAUCAAGGUCUGGCUAAGCUCACGAUGUCCGAGAGAAGCAAAGGGCCUUUCCAAGUGCCAGGGGCGGGUCAUUUUAUCCAGGCGGAUAACCCUUCGUAUGUGGCGGAGAGACUGCACGAGAUGUUGCAGCUCCUGGAGGUUGACUGA